AUGUCUGAGAUUACUAGUAAAGAGUCUGGAGCAAACCCCUCUGAAUUAUAUGGGACAUUUACAUGGAAGAUUGAGAGAAUUUCAAAAUUAAGUAAUCGAGAGAUCGGUAGCAAUGUUUUCGAAGUUGGUGGGCACCAAUGGUCUACUUUAGUUAAUCCAAAAGGCUGUGAAGUACCAACCCAUCUCUCUUUGUUUCUCUGUGUUGCAAACUGCAAUAAACUUCUUCCAUCCAGUCAUUUUGCUCAGUUUACUAUAUCGGUGGUGAAUAAAGAUCCAAAGAAAUCAAAGCAUUUAGAUACGUUAUACGAAUUUUGCAAGAAAGAGCAGGAUUGGGGAUUGAAAAAGAAUAUGGAGUUACCUAAGUUACAUGACGGUUUCAUAGAUGAGUACGACUCUCUUACAAUAAUGGCUCAAGUCCAGGUCAUUAG